UUCAAUCGGGUUGUCUUUUAGCGCCGUGAAACCUGCCAAAUAAAAGUCGCAAGAAAUGGCUUGGAUGGUAGUCAAAUACAGAAGAAACCGUGCUGAUUUGGGUCGUUUCUUCUCCAAUUUCUUUCUACGUUUAAUCUUUGAUUGUUGCAGAAAUGGCUUCGGAUCCUAAGGUUUUCGUCUUUGAUGAAGUGGCUAAACACAAUCACCAGCGGGAUUGUUGGCUUAUAAUCUCUGGAAAGGUUUAUGAUGUCACCCCUUUUCUGGAAGAACAUCCUGGAGGUGAUGAAGUCUUGUUAUUAGCUACUGAAAAAGAUGCAACCGAUGACUUUGAAACUGUGGGUCACAGUUUAUCUGCAACAGAGGAAAUGGAAAAAUAUUAUGUUGGGAAUGUUGACAUGUCUACGGUUCCAAAGCCAGUCGAUUAUCGACCAGCUGCUUCCCAAUCAGCAAAGGCAUCAGCAACGGCAACAAUAACAACGUCGUCAGCUCAAUCUUCAGGAUCUUUGAUAAAAGUAUUGCAAUAUCUGAUUCCCCUGUUGAUUAUAGGUGUUGCAUUUUAUCUGCAAUACUAUGGCAAAAAACAGUAAUCGAAUUUCUCAAACCAUAAAUGUCUUGAGUUUUGCAAUAAGCCAGAGCUGUGAAGACAUUCUAUCACUUUCUGUUGAAGACAUUCUGUGUCAUCUAGGUUUAUAGGUUUCUUCCUAAUUUUUUAGCAGAGAAUUUCAAUUUGUUUCUUGUUCAUUCAUAAUCCUGCUUUUCUGUCUUUUGUUCUACAAUAUUCGACUUUCUGUGCAUGAUUUAACACAAUUGACUCAUCAGAUAUAUCAGGUUGAAUGAAGAUGAAAUAAUGGGUUGUCUGAA